AUGGCGGCGUACGUCGCAGCAGUCGAGAUUGAGUCGCGGAGAACUUUGCGCCGUGAACGUGUUCUCAGGCCACGGACGACGCUCCAAAGUAUACCGGAGAACCAUCUUCUUCGAUAUUAUCGUCUUCCACGAUCUUCAAUAAUGAGCUUGUGCGAGAAGCUUGCCCCGACCCUCCAACGGCCAACAGCGCGGUGUCGAGCCAUCCCUGUGGACGUGCAAGUGCUCGUCGCGCUACGUUUUUAUGCAAGUGGGAGUUUUCAGUCUGUUGUGGGAGAUGUGGUUGCGAUCAGCCAAAGCAGCACCUCACGGAUUGUAAACAGCGUGACGACAGCGAUCGUGGAAAUGGCCACGACGCAAAUAAAGUUUCCACGUACACCUGCGGACGUCCAGAAAACCGUCUUAGGAUUCCUCGACAUUGCAGGUUUCCCAAAGGUACUGGGCUGCAUCGAUUGCACACAUGUUCUUGUGAAACCCCCCAAGCUUGAGAUGCGACCUGCAUACCGAAACAGAAAGGGGCUGUACUCGAUCAAUGUACAGGCAGUCUGUAACGCGGACUGCGAAAUAACCCAGCUGACAGCCAGAUGGCCAGGAUGCACUCACGAUAGUUUCAUCUGGUCACUAUGCAACCUUCGCGAUGAAUUUCAGGCUGGCAGAAUGCCUGAAGGCUGGCUUCUAGGUGAUUCCGGCUAUCCCACACAGCCCUGGCUUUUGACGCCCUUCCAGACACCAUCAAGAGAAGCUGAAGAAAAGUACAAGGCUCAUAGAAAAACCCGACAAGUGAUUCAGCGUGCCUUUGGACUGCUCAAAAGCAGGUUUCGGUGUUUGGACAAGUCUGGGGGAUGCCUCCUAUACCCAAUGACAACGUGCUGUUCCAUCAUUGUGGAUUGUGGCGUCCUCCACAACUACUGCAUACGCCAUAACAUCCUCCUGACUGACCCUGUUGGUAUGUUUCGUUGUAGAAGUUCAUAA